GAUUGGAGAGGAAGAGGAGAGCGGUCCACCAUGGCAGAGACGCACAGCUUGCAGGACCUGCGGCAGCAAGCGACCAUCGCGUCCAAAGUGUUCAUUCAGCGGGAUUACUCCUCAGGCACCAUAUGCAAGUUCCAGACCAAGUUUCCCGCUGAGCUUGAGACCAGGAUUGACAAGCAGCAGUUUGAGGAGACGAUACAGACCCUCAAUAACCUGUAUGCUGAGGCAGAGAAACUGGGGGGCAAGUCUUACCUGGAAGGCUGCCUGGCCUGCCUCACAGCCUACACAAUCUUCCUGUGCAUGGAGACGCACUAUGAGAAAGUCCUGAAAAAGAUCGCCAAGUACAUUCAGGAGCAGAAUGAAAAGGUCUAUGCCCCUCUGGGUCUUCUCCUCACCGACCCCAUUGAGAGAGGCCUGAGAGUCGUGGAAAUCACCAUCUUUGAGGACAGGAGCCUUGGCUCGAGAUAAAACACACCAAAGGAAUUCUCUGGAGGUUACAGUGUUGGAUUGCCUGCUGAAAAUUUGGCUUCUGGACUCUGCUCGCCCUGAAGAUAUCUGGUCUCUUUUAUGAUCCUCUAGAUGUAGAUAGAGUCUGUGUCACUCUGAAUUAUUUUCAUUCGAUUCUGCUCUUGGCAUCUGUUUUUUUGUUUGUUUGUUUGUCUCUUGGUUUGUUUGUUUCUUUGUUGGUUUGAUCUUCCCCACAUUAUGAUACACUGCGUGUUCUGCCAAAACUGGCAAAAGUAUCUUGUCAUCUAAAAGCUGUUCAAAUUUUGUUUUUAUGUACAAUGUAUUACUCUUAACUUAAUCAAAGAAUAUUUUCAGUCUAUAUUGUGCCAUGUUAUUUUAUAUACUGUUCCUAUUGAAUUCUCUCUCUUUAUUUUUGGUGUAUAUACAUACAUACAUACAUAUAUAUAUAUCUCUCUCUAUACUUUGUCUUGAGUGAACAGUACCGAUAAAUGCACAGUCUUUUUGGCUCUCUGUCACGGGCGUCUGUCCGGUGUAAGUCUGAGUCUUUGUCAUGCUUUGUUGUUCAUGAGGAAAAUUACGUCAGUGCCCUGCUGGGAUCCUCCCCUCACUCAUCUUAAAUCAGACUGUCAGACUCUGACUGGUGUCCUGAACCCGCACGGCUCCGCGGCAGUGCACUGUCAUGGUGGGAGAGGUUUGGUUCUGACUGGUGUCCUGACCCCUCACGGUUCUGCGGCAGUGCACUGUCAUGGUGGGAGAGGUUUGGUUCUGACGCUGCUCAGAUGUUUCAUUCCAUGGUGUCCCUCCUCACUUUUUAAAACAAGAUUGUCCACAAUGUGAAGGCACUGUUUCAAACCUGUACACUACAUUUGAGUGCAUUAGAAGCGGUUUGGGGUCAGAAUGAUGGGUAACUGAUCUAAAUCUGAAAACGUACAGCCCUCUCAAUGUCUUGCUACUUUUGUAAGUUUUAAGAGCUGCUUCACUGCAUUCGAUACGUCAUGUUGUAACUGCUGUUUUUUUUUUUUUUAAUUUGUUUUCUCAACUUUUUUUGUGUUGUUAUAUAUAAUAAACAGUCUAAUAAUGGC